AUGAAUGAGCCUGGUCUCUCUCGAUCGGGCGUCACCAGGCCGGAACCGCCGCACAGUUGCCGUGGUCCUCCGUCUUCAGCUUCUUCGCAUCCCUCUCUCUGCAGUUCGUCCUCGCCUGGUUUUUCUUCCCCGUCUCCCGCGACCUCCCGGCCUGCAGUGCAGGGAAACGGCGUCGUCGCGCACCUACCAGCCGAGACAUCUUCUCCGCACAGUCUCCCCUCGCUGGAAACAAACGCUGUGCACCCGCCGUCUUCGCCGUCUCCUUACCCUCCUACGUCUUGCAGCCAAGUCCCUCGACCUGUACCUCACCCCCACCGUGGACAGGGCAGGGAGGGCGGCGCUGCAUGCAAUCAUGACGCCAAUGUAGUCAGUGACGUGUGCGCGUCGAUCCCCGAAAACGCGUUUCUUCGCCAGUUCCUCACGUCUUCGGGGACCUUCCCAUCCGCCGCGGAAAUCCUCAAAAAGGCAGCCUUCUUCAACUCGGGGAACCGACCCCACGACGCUCUUCUUCUCUACAACGCCGGACUCAAGGUGUAUGCGGAUGACGCAAACCUGUGGAACUGCAAAGGCGUCGCCCUCAGAGCUCUCGGGCGCGUGCACGAGGCGCUCGAGUGCUGCCGAGAGGCACUACGUCUCGACCCUCGAAACACGAAUGCUCUAAACAACAUUGGCGUCGCUUUGAAGGAAAGAGGCGAACUUCUCCAAGCUGUCGAGCACUAUCGCGCGUCGCUGGCAGCGAAUCCACACCAACCAACAUGUCGCAUGAACUUGGCCGUUGCCCUCACCGAUCUGGGCACGAAGCUGAAGCAGGAGAAAAAGCUCCAGGCGGCUCUCGUCUGCUACACAGAGGCGUUGACGGCGGACCCGACGUACGCGCCGUGCUACUACAACCUCGGCGUCAUCCACGCCGAGACCGAUGACCCACACACAGCUCUGCAGAUGUACCGCGAGGCGGUGCGUAUCAAUCCCCGCUAUGUCGAGGCGUACAACAAUAUGGGCGCUGUGUGCAAAAACCUAGGCAAGCUGGAAGAUGCUAUCGCGUUUUAUGAGAAGGCUCUCGCGUGCAACCCGAACUACCAGCUGAGUCUAAGCAACAUGGCUGUCGCUCUCACCGACCUUGGAACGCAACAGAAGACCUUUGAAGGCGCGAAGAAAGCCAUCUCUCUCUACAAAAAGGCGUUAAUCUACAAUCCGUAUUAUUCGGACGCGUACUACAAUCUGGGCGUCGCUUACGCCGACUCGCACAAGUUCGACAAAGCCCUGGUGAACUACCAGCUGGCCGUCGCCUUCAACCCUCGAUGCGCAGAGGCGUACAACAACAUGGGUGUCAUCCACAAGGACAGAGAAAACACGGACCAGGCGAUUGUUUGCUACAAUAAGGCUCUGGAAAUCAAUCCGGACUUCUCGCAAACCCUGAACAACCUCGGUGUUCUCUACACGUGCACCGGAAAGAUUGGCGAGGCGUUGCAGUUCGCCAAGCGUGCCAUCGAAGUCAAUCCGAGCUACGCGGAGGCGUACAACAACCUGGGCGUUUUGUACCGCGACCAAGGCGACAUCGAGGACUCUGUGAAAGCGUAUGACAAAUGUUUGGUUCUUGACCCAAACUCGCCCAACGCCUUCCACAACAAGCUGCUUGCCUUGAACUACUUGGAGGAUUUGCCCGACAACGAGAUCUUCCGGGUUUCAGAAAAGUGGGGCGGCCAGCUCCUCUCUGCGCGGACGCCGUACACUUCUUGGCUGUGUCCACACAUCAGCAUAUCGCCUGCGCCUUCCUCGCUUGCUCCGUCCUCACUUUCUCCUUCCGCGUCGCCUUCUCUGUCUUCGCCUCCUUUGUCUUCCGCGUCGAUUGCCUCGAGAGUCAUCCGCGUCGGCUACAUAGGUCCGGACUUCUUUACUCACUCUGUUUCGUAUUUCAUUCAUGCCCCGCUGGUCUACCACGACAAGUCAAAGUUCCACAUAACUGUCUACGCCAACGUUAUCCGGGAAGACGAGAAGACGCAGAUGUUCAAAGCGCUUCCACAUUGCUGGCGCUCCAUCGUGGGCAUGCACGAACGCGACGUCGCGCACCUGAUUCGAGAAGACAAAAUCGACAUCCUGGUCGAGCUCGCCGGCCACACUGCACACAACCGCCUCGACGUGAUGGCCUGGAAGCCUGCACCGAUCCAAAUCAGCUGGAUUGGCUACCCAAACACAACGGGUCUCAAGACGAUCGACUUCCGGAUAACUGACGCUGUUGCCGACCCCGCGGACACAACGCAGUUGUAUGUCGAAGAGUUGGUUCGCCUGCCAAACUGCUUCAUCUGCUACCAUCCCCCUCCGGACUUCCCCAAAGACGUCCCCGCGAAACCGCCCCCCGUCGUCGAACACGGCGUCAUCACUUUCGGAUCUUUCAACAACCUCGCCAAGCUCGGCAAACAGGUUAUCGAGCUGUGGAGUCGCAUCUUGAAAGCCGUCCCAACUAGCCGGUUGCUGCUGAAAGCUCGGCCGUUUGCAAAUGAGGAAAUGCAGCGAAAAUUCAAGGCGAAAUUUGAAGCCCAUGGAGUCUCGGGAGAUCGCAUCGACGCCAUGGCUCUUGUUCCGGCGUGCAUGGAUCACUUAAUGGUGUAUUCACUGGUCGACAUCGCCCUCGAUUCCUUUCCGUACGCGGGGACUACCACGACGUGCGAGGCUCUGGUCAUGGGCGUUCCAGUCGUCUCUCUUCGUCGGAAAAAUAUUCACGCGCACAACGUGGGGGCGACUCUGCUAGCCCACUACGGACUUCCUGAGCUUGUCGCUGACACUCCUGAGCAGUACGUCCGUCUAGCUGUCGAGCUCGCAGGGGAUGUCGAGCGACUGAAACAGUAUCGCCAGAGCAUCCGCGCGGCUGUUUUGGAGAAGGCGUCUCAGCCGCAUGCGGAGAGGUUCUCUCGCGACUUGGAAGAACUUUAUCGCCAGCUCAUAGCUCGCCAGCGACCGGAAAAAUGA